AUGCUCAUUUGUUGCACAUCCGUCUCUUGCGCCGACGACGUUGGAUCCCUCCUCUACACUCUCCUCCAGUUCUACCGUACAUUGUCGUCUCUCGUGGCAGAGGGAACCCUCGACGCUCUCCUUGCACACUCCCCGUCAGAGUUCGCAGACUACCAUGCACACGUGGUAGGCCUUGCGUAUGGACAGGAGCCGGACUACGCGCUACUCCGAGGAUUAGUCCGGGACCGGAUGGUCCGGGAGGGGUGGCUGCGUAGUUGGGUGUACGACUGGAUGAACCCAAGCAUGCUGCCGAAGGCUACACUCCUGUAUGAGGCGUCCACGGUUAUUUUGGAUUACGUGGAGGACAAUGAGUACGACGCGCACCUCAUGUGA